AUGGCGUUGCAGGCACGAAGUCAUGCAUCUCAUAACCAGAUGCUUGGCCAUCGAGUCCGACAUCCCCCAUCUACCAAUUAUGACGAUGACUUCGAAACCCCGACCGGAAAGCGGCUCAAGAGACUCGAUAGCACAGAUAGCUCUCUAUCUCGCGGAGGAGAUUCAGACCUUGAGGAUGAAGGCAGAACAACUCCGAUUCAAAGGACCCCUGUUCGACCAUCUCGAGAGGUCCCAGACUCAGAAGCAGACUCGGAUGACGACGACAAUAUUGUCCAAGACGGAGACCGAAAAACAGAGCUCGAAAGUGCCCUACCUCCAGUCAAAACCGACAAGGAAGCAAUUGCUGAAUAUGAAGCAACGAGAGCUGCUGAAGCGGAAAGCCUCGACCUGCAUGGACGUCUGGGCCAACGGAAAUGGCUUCCGGGCAAGAGCUCCAUCUACGUGGAUGCUUUCAACCUGGCUCUAGAAACUGUGCUGGAGGAUGAGUCACAUCUGUUUGAUGAAGCUGAGAUGGCCGUCUUUGAGCAGUGGAGGGACAUGAGCUACGAGGGGCAGUAUUUGUACGUAAGACUGUUCCUCCGUAAAACUGCAGCAUGGCAUAGAACCAAUCGGUUGAAGUACUACGGAGACAUCGCAGAUCUACCAGCUGCUGUCAAAGAUCUUUUGGAGCCACGGACACUUCCAGCAGUGAAGCACUCUACCCAGACCAAUCCUGGCGAGGCUGAACCUCCUAAAGAAACCGUAUUGCACGACACGUUCACUUUUGCAGACGGAUCUGGCCGUCACAUUGACACACUGGAAGAGGCAUCAUCUCUCUUAAAGCUAGAUGAGCUCAAAGCUGUUGCAAAGGAAGCGAAGGUCCAAGGCAAAAAUAAAGGCGAGCUGUUGAAGGCACUACGGAAAACGAGUCAGGGUCAAGGUGGCCUCGGAUGGGCCGUUUUGAAGAGAUCGGAUACAGAAGAGCCUGAGCAAUCAGAAAAGGGGACUCUAGCAGAUGAAGAAAGUUCCGAGGAGAAAGAAAACCUCGAUGGUACCAACGUCAACCGGGACACUCAUUUUGUCCGGAAGAUAUUGGCAAGCACCGGGCCUUGUAUACGUCUCUCAGCGCCAACCCUGAAGCUAUUUGAGCGGGUCCACCUCGUAUUCUAUCGCUCGACAGAGUGGACGGAGAAAUCCCUCACUACGAUCAUACUUGCUCGGAUAGCAAGGCGCAAUUUUCCGGAAUACAUCGUCUCAAGAUCAACGAACAUCUUCUCUUCUCGAUCGGACUUGCUGGAGUUCGAAGCUUCCAUCCGUACACAGUUCAACAUCGACUUCAUCCUUGAAUUCAACGGUACUGUAAGGAAGGACGGCCUGCAGAAGGUCAAAAAUGUUUUCGAAGAGGUUUACCCGCGCUGGCAAGUCAUCCUCAAGGAAGAGCAGCGGAAGGAAGAUCGCAUUUAUGAGAGCGGAGAAGGAGCAUACCUCCGCCGCUUUUCGCCCGCGUGGGUGUACACCAGGAUUGUCCACAAGGGAACGUAUGUACUAGGACGUUUCAAGGAACACGAACGAGAACACCAAAUGUUGACCGAGCUGCUGAUUCAGCGAUUAUUCCAUGCGGCACGACGAGGAGCCUGGUAUCAGCGGAAAGCCUUGUUGGAGGAGCACUACAUGUGGGCCCUCAAGCCUGAUGAAGGGCGUUCCGAAGAUGCUCAAAAGAAGCAUUGGAAGAAGAUUGCUCUUCAGACGUGCGAGGAUGGUCUGCAAGACAGAGAAUGCCAUCUAAUCUACCACUACGACCUGCAGAAACGGGUCAUGAAAUUAGAAAAAGCCUUGAAAAUGGUGAAACGAGAGCAGCAUGACUUUGGGCACGUUCGUUUGGGAAAGCCAGUGGAGAGAUUCGUCGAGGGAAUCAGGAUUGAGAAGGAACGUACACCGAGUCGGAAUGGCACGCGAAGAGACAGCGAUGCAGGCCCCCGAAGAGGCGGCAAGACCAUCUGGGUUGAUGAACGGGAGGGUGGCGGCGAAUGCAGCGUGGAAGCAAUGUGCCUGAGUUGGUAUCGAGACCAAGGCUGGAAGGGCUACCACUCAGAAGGAGGCAUUGUUCGAACGCUCUUCGGCUACCUGUUCUACGACGUGCUCUUCACCUACAUCCCCAACGUCUUCCAAACGCCUUAUCAAGCCUGCCCACUCGAUCUCCACACGGACGCUUUCUAUCCCUCUCGAGCUUCAGAGAUCAACCAUCGCCUCGUCGAAAUCGGCAACGGCGACGCCUCAAGAUUGCUUCAAGAAGUCUACGACCGCGAACACGAGAAACAGACCUGCGUUGUCGGUAUCGACUGGUCCUACGACUUCGAUGACUUACUAGACAUCGUCAAAUGCUUUCAAGGAGAGGCUUUGGCGACUAUCUGCAAAGUCAUGGCGCAGGAGUAUCAGCAACGAGGAGGCGGUAUUCCGGACUUGUUCCUUUGGCAUCCAGAUAAUGGCGAGGUGAUGUUUUCGGAGGUGAAAAGUGAGAAUGAUCGCCUGAGUGAUACACAGAGAUUGUGGAUCCAUGUGCUGACAGGAGCGGGUAUCAAGGUCGAGCUUUGUAAUGCUGUUGCUAAGGAGGUUAGGACUCAACGUUGA